AUGGCUUUAGUCUUUAGAAUAGUACUGCAGUCUGUUGGACUUUUAUUUUCUUUGCUGGGAUGGGUUUUAUCCAUUAUUACAACUUACUUGCCACAUUGGAAGAACCUCAACCUGGACUUAAAUGAAAUGGAAAAUUGGACCAUGGGACUCUGGAAAACCUGCGUCAUCCAAGAGGAAGUGGGGAGGCAAUGCAAGGACUUUGAUUCCUUCCUAGCUUUGCCAGCUGAACUCAGAAUCUCCAGGAUUUUAAUGUUUCUGUCGAAUGGGCUGGGGUUCCUGGGCCUGUUGGUCUCAGGGUUUGGCCUGGACUGUUUGAGAAUUGGAAACAGACAGCAAGAUCUCAAGAAGCGACUGCUAAUCCUGGGAGGAGUUCUGCUCUGGACCUCGGGAGUCACAGCCCUUGUUCCAGUCUCCUGGGUCGCCUACCUGACAGUUGAGGAGUUCUGGGAUGAGACCAUCCCAGAGAUUGUUCCCAGGUGGGAGUUUGGGGAAGCCCUCUUUAUUGGUUGGUCUGCUGGCUUUUCUCUUCUGCUAGGAGGGUGUCUGCUUCACUGUGCAGUCUGUUCGACCCCAGCUCCUGAAGCUUCUAGUCACUAUGCAGUGGCAGAAAUGCAAGAUCACUGUCAACAACUGGAGAUGAAAAACACCAAUCCGAAAAUCUAA